AUGUUGGGUAGGCUGCUGAAUACCGCUGCAGCUACGCUCAACCCCGCCUCCUAUGCCUCCCGCAACUCGAACCAGCUCGAAUCAGUAACGGAGGAAGAACACACCUCAGGCCUCCUCUUUCCUGACGUGAGCCUGCUCCAUCGAUCGAGAACACACGCAUACCCACUACAGACCAGCUCGGUCUCAUCCAGCCCGUCCUCAGCCGGCAGUUUCGAUGACAAGGGUGGUUUGGAGCUUGAUUCUGCAAAGGACUUGAGAGUUAUCAUUGCACAGAAUGCGAUAGGAGACCGUGAUGACCCUUGUAUCCUCCUCGAUACUCAGGCUCCGGCGAGGAUAGAGAAGCCUCCCCGACCUCCACUGGACCGUCCAUCUCCAGAAAAACCACGAUCUCGACAUACUCGUACCUCGACCCUUCCUCGGAACGGUGGACGAGUGUCCCACCAUGCACCACGUGCCUCAGUCUCCGAUCUAGCUCCACUGUCCACAUUUUCUACACACGAUGCAGCAAAUAGUGCCUUUUUCCGUGCGCGGAAUCGGCGAUCCACAUUCUCGAACUCAAGGGAAGAUGACGAUCAGCAACACGGUAGACUGUCCGGGGAUUCUAACGAGCUCGGAUUGCUCAAUUGUAUCUUCGGAAGUAGCGCGUUCAGCUACCGUGGACCUUCGACGAAGAUGCACAUAGUUCCGGCGGACGAAAAGGGUCCGUCUGAGGAUUCUGCUUCCGGGUUUUCUGAUCCUUACCGACGAACCCUCCGUCGUGCUGAUACGUUCAGUGGUUCGCCCAGGAGUGUCAGUCAGAGCCGCGAACGGCUGAGCAGCGAUGGCUCUCGAUUAUCCACAUCAUCGUCAUCUUCAAGUGUAACGGUACUGGUAACUAGGAUGUUUAGUGUCAACUUGCCUGAAUCGUAUGGUGCACCAGUCGACACCCCAGUGCAGCCACAACCAGCGGUUCCCUCAUCUCCAUAUGACCCAGAAUUCAAGUUCUCUCCGCGUGCCAAGGCCAAAAAGAUCAAAGAAAAGAAGACCCCAAUGUACGCUGUGGCCAUAACUGUUCGGCUCCCGAUAAUGGCAAAAUCAAAUGCCCGCCAGCCACGAAAUCCGUAUCGGCAAGAUCCCGCAAAGCCUUGUGCUGGAAUGUCAGUAUCCUUGGAUUCGCACCCAAAAUGGUCCCUUUUUGACGAAGCGUCCUAUUCAUCCAAUGGCUCCAGCAUUGAUGACCGAAUCGACUUACUUGUUGAUUAUUGGGAUGUCAUUGCUCGAACCUUGUCACGUCUCGAGAAGCUGGCAAGCAAGGAAAUCCUCGAACUUUUAAAGCAGACCGUACAGCAUGCAACCCAGAUGCCUAAGCCAGCAAAGGGACCGAAUAUGCAGAGAACUAACCAGACAAUUGUACAACUUUCACCCAAUUGCCUGGCCCAGAACAAGCUACUCCGUGAGGAGGCACUCCAUGCGACUUUCAGGGUUUGCAUGGCCCUUAGAAUCCCACCCGUCAUUUCUGGUCAGAGCCGCUGGGGUGUCUGGAGGGAAGAGGCUCGAUGGAUUGCUAGAAGUCUAAGUGAGAAGGAACACAACUUUUUCUUCCUGGUCCUCAUCACUGCGUUUCUCGGUAAUCAUACAGAAUGGCUCAGUCUCCUGGGGCCCGAUUGGUAUCGACGUCGGCAUUUUCUGCAACAACGGGCACAACAGGACAGUGAAUUAAGCAUUUGCAACAGAACAGUAGUCAUUUCUUCAGAUAAAAUGGCUGCAAGGCGUCUGAUAUUUGUUCUAUCUGCUUUUCUUCCUGCUCAACAACGCACAGACCCACUAGCUUCCCCCUUACGACCAAGCACGUCCACCUCUUUCCGCCAAACUUCUCAGAGUCCCCCAAACCCAACCAUGUUUCGACAAGAAUCGUUGCGUCGAACUAUAAACCGUCGAGCCCGGACACGUCAGUUUCCUCACGAACGUGGACCAGCCAAACGAUCUGCCAGCGUCUCUUCCAAUGAGACUUCCAAUGUAGUUUCUGAGGAGCUGGAGUUUAGCAAGUCCCCCAUUACUCAAGGGCGACGUGGCUCUGAUACCCGUUCCAUGAGAACGUCCAGUUUAUCCAUCCCACCAGGAGGCGUUGCUGGACCAAUGAAAAGCGGCACAGCAUCCGCCGCAACAGCAGCGCCGGGCACAGCAACUCCAGUCCCGCACUUUGCAUCCCAGCCUCGAAAGCCACAUAGUACCCAUCAUGAACCACGGGACCGCACAGGAUCGGCCUCUGCAAACUUGCUUCUGAAUUUGCAGAAGAGUGAGACAUCGGCCAAUGCCGACCAACAGCCAAGCAAAUGGGGGAACAUCCUCGCUGGGUUUUGGAACGCCCGCGAAGAUCCCCUAGUGAAGGACGGUACCCUUAGGUCUCGCAGAGCAUCGGCACUAAUGACAGAUCUUAAGUCGCAGCCGCCUGCUGUGUCAGCCAUAUUAGGAGAGAACGGAAAUAUGAUUCAGGAUGAUAUACCUGCCUCCUCCAUUGAUACGAUGUCAGUACCCACUUCUUCGUCAGCACAAACGGAUAGCAUUAAAAUCAAGGACGAGGAUAGUCUGGCCAAUCGGCAACCUACAUCACCCGUCAAACUAUGCGUCAAGCCGAAUGAAGGCAUUGUCGAUGUUGAGGUGCCGUUGCCUGGGUUCAUGUCUCUCUCAUCUUCAAACGACUCCACAUUGACUUCGCCCAAAAAGACUCGAACGUCAAUCACAAGCAUUGAUUGCGAUGGUUCUUUCCACAGCACUAGUCCGUGGUCUCACAACAAUUACAAAGACUGGGACGGACCUAGCGUCAAUGUAGCUGGUUGGCUCAAGUAUUACCAUGAAGACUUUGCCCUUCAAGCCGUUCGUCCUUACCCGAAUCUUGAGUCUGCCAUUAAACGCUCCAUGUCUGCUGAACCUACACCAAAUCCGCUGAAUUUGGGGCAAUCAUCGUAUUUUGACGGCGGUUCCGAACGAUGGGUUGAUGUCUGUUCUACCCUAGUAGCUGACACGAGGACAUUCACUGUCAAACGAAUUCGCCUUCGCCGCAAGAUAACAACUAUCGAUGACCGAGCUCAAGAUUACUCACAGACCCCAUCCCCUCAAUUUCCAUACCAACCAUUCGGUGUGCACAUGGAUAGUGCGGAUGCUACACCCACACCUUCACUUCGGAAAUCCCUGCCAUAUACCGUGGAAGAAGAGUUCAUCGAGGAACCGAUCAUGGACCUGGAUGCCACACUUGUCGAUGCCGUUGAGCGAGUCUUGGCCUGUUCUGGUCCUACAUCUGCUAUCCACUCGCGUGCACCGUCACCAAGCCGAAUGCGCAAAAGUCGAGUUAACGUUCUACCCAUGGAAGAUAGCAGGAAGUACAAUGAUACUGCUAAUCGAACGGACGUACCUUCUGUCGAAAUUCCGCGUAAUGAGUGUCGGCGUAUGGUCCUUGGAGCGCUCGAUGAGGUCGUGCGUAGCGUUGCCGCUGAGCACCGCCAGGAAGAACCGAAUAUCGGUACGGACACCACUCCGGCCGGAUUCCCCAGGUCGAGCCAUAAGAAGUUCGGCGGUAUUACUGAUAAUACCCUGAGGGAAGGCAUUCGUAAAUGGCUUCAGGACAUCGACGAAUCUUGCUAA